AUGACAGAUCGAGCAAGGGAAGUUCUUGACAUGCUUCUUGGGCGGGAAAGAGACAUCUACAACCCUGACAAGCUAUCUUCGGAGAGGAGAGACACCUGCAUAUACAUGCUUGCUUCGUUCUGCCCAUUUGAGUUGUUCCGCAACACGAGAAGAAGCAUUGGAAAGUGCAGAUAUGGUAACCAUGAGGAAUAUUACCGGGCUGAAUACAACAAAAAUGGAAGAAAGAGGGCUGAAGAGUAUGAAUGGGAGCUCCUUCGUUUACUUGUUGAGAUUGUUUUGGAUGUUCGAAAUGUUGCCAAGAAAUGCACUGCUUCUGAUACUUCAGAUCUUCCUCUGCUUGAGAGAAUAAAAGAAAAGGAGGAGUUGUUCAAGAAGCUUUAUGAAAGUAUCGAGCAGCUUGGGAUGGAAGGAAAAGUGGAGGAAGCGUGCCACGCCUUUGAUGAAUGCGAGAAGGUAAAAUGGGAGCUGGAAAGAAUCAAGGAAGCAUAUUAUGCAAAGAACAACGGAGAAGGGAUGGGGAGAUGCACUGUGUGCGGAGCAGGCAUAGUUUUAAGUGAUACAAAAGUGAAGAUAGACAGGCACAUAAAGGGAAGACUUCACAAGGGACAUCUUUUAGUCCGAAGUAAGCUAGCCGACCUCUUAGAGAAGUUUGGAAUCACUAGUGUAGCAGAGAUAUUUCCAGAUGGGUUUUUAUUCAAGCACUUGAGAAGCCACCCCUUCUCUUCAUCCCUUUAG